AUGCGCUCUUCCGACCACCUCGCCCCCGGCACAGCCAGGUGCUACGCGGGCUCCCAGCGAACGCGCGCGCGGCGGCCCCGCCCCGCGCUCACGGGCGUCCGCGUCUUCUCGCGCGAAGACCUGCGCAGCCCACCCUGCAAGAUGGCGCCUGCCGCGGGGGCUGGGGUGGCGCGUGUGCGCCGCGGGGCUCUCGGGCUGCCCGUCCCCCUGCAUCCCCUCGGCUCCCCCAGACCUCAGACGGCCAUGGCCACCUGGGCCCCCGCGGGCUGGGCCCGGCCGCGCCGCAUCGCCGCCACCCCACGCGCGCAGCGGGCAGCGCACCCGCCUCGCGGGGAGAAGGGAGGCGGCGGCCGCUCCCGGAGCUUCGGCCCCGGCGCCGCGCACGCGCACGUCCCGCUGCCGCUCAUUGUCCGCGCCGCGGGGUGGCCGCGAGGGCUCAGCCGCAGAGUCCGGACACCCCCGGCGCCCGGUACCCGGUGCCCAGUACCCAGCACCCGGUACCCAGCACCUAGCGCCCGGUGCCCAGUACCCAGCACCCGGCGCCCAGUACCCAGCGCCCGGUACCCAGCACCCGGCGCCCGGUACCCAGCGCCCGGUACGCGGUACCCAGUGCCCAGUACCCGGUACCCAGCGCCCGGUACCCAGCACCCAGCGCCCGGUACACAGUACCCGGUACCCAGCGCCCAGUACCCAGCGCCCGGCGCCCAGCACCCAGCGCCCCGUACCCAGCACCCAGGGCCCGGUGCCCAGUACCCAGCCCAGCUCCCAGCACCCAGCGCCCAGUACCCAGCAGCGCCCAGUACCCAGCGCCCAGUACCCGGUACCCAGCCCAGCACCCAGCGCCCAGUACCCAGCGCCCGGUACCCGGUACCCAGCCCAGCACCCGGUACCCAGCACCCAGCGCCCGGCGCCCAGUACCCGGUACACAGUACCCAGCCCAGUGCCCAGUACCCGGCUCCCAGCACCCGGUACCCAGCGCCCAGUACCCAGCACCCAGCGCCCAGCACCCGGUACCCAGCACCCAGUACCCGGUACCCAGCACCCGGUACCCAGCGCCCAGUACCCAGCACCCAGUACCCAGCGCCCAGCACCCGGUACCCAGCACCCAGCGCCCAGUACCCAGCACCCGGUACCCAGCGCCCAGCACCCAGCCCAGCGCCCAGUACCCGGUACCCAGCACCCGGUACCCAGCGCCCAGCACCCAGCCCAGCGCCCAGCACCCAGUACCCGGUACCCAGCACCCGGUACCCAGCGCCCAGUACCCAGCACCCAGUACCCAGCACCCGGUACCCAGCACCCAGCGCCCAGUACCCAGCACCCGAUCGCAGCCGCGGCCUGGAGCCGGCCGGCACGCUGUCCUUCGCACACCCAGUGGACAGCCACCCACCCGCAGCCUAG